AUGGAAGUGGUCCUGCUCAACGGGCUGCUGCUCCUCCUCCCCUUGGCAGCCCUGCUGCUUUACCGGUACAAUGACACCUUCCACUACUACUUCAAGGUGGCCUUCUUCAACUGCUGGAUCGUGGCCAUGGCCACCCUCCUGUGCCCCUUUGCGGCUCUUCGGGGACGCUCUGUGGAGAACAUGAAGCUCCUGCGUGCCGCGAUCCUGCCCCUCAAACACUUCUAUGGCAUCAAGAUGCAGGUGUGGGGCUCAGAGCAACUGAACAUCAAGGAGCCCUAUGUGAUAGUUUGCAACCACCAAGCUUCCCUUGACCUCAUGGGCAUGGUGGAGGUCAUUCCUGACCGCUGUGUGCCCAUCGCCAAGAAGGAGCUCAUGUACAUGGGCCCCGUGGGGUGGGCCUGCUGGCUCAGCGGCAUCAUCUUCAUCAACCGCCACAAAAGAGCAGAUGCAAUUGAUGUCAUCUCCCAGACGGCCAGGACCAUGUGGUGUGAAAAUCUCCGAGUGUUGAUUUUCCCUGAAGGCACCAGGAACCAGAACAAAUCCAUGCUGCCCUUUAAGCGUGGGGCUUUCCACUUGGCUGUGCAGGCUCAGGUUCCCAUUUUCCCCAUGGUGAUCUCCCCAUAUUGGGACUUCUUCAGCUCCAAGGAUAAGAAAUUCACUUCUGGGACGUGCACCAUCCGAAUCCUCCCCAAGGUAGAAACCCAGGGCCUGACCCCAAAGGAUGUCCCUGAACUGACAGAGACUGUCCGCCAGACCAUGGCUGAUGCCCUCACCGAGAUGUCUGCAGAUCACUGUGGGGACCAGCACGCUGAGCAGCCUCCGCUCCCGCGUGGCACUGGGGCUGGUGCUGGUGGGGGGAUGGGCAGCCCGCAGUACGAGCAGGACACAACCUGGACCAGCAAUUAG